AUGGUGGCCGACAGCUUGCGUGGCGACGCGGAGGCUGCCAGUCUGCCGGAAGCGGAGCGCUAUGUCUUGCACCGCAUCGUUCGCGCCGAGGGCGACCCCGACAUCGCCGCCGACGUGCGCUUCAGCGAUGGAGCCGUGGACGCGGCCCUGGCCUCUUUGCGCGACGUUCGCCGCGUGGUAACCGACGUCCGCAUGGUGCAGGUGGGGAUCUCCCGGGCUGCGCUGGCCAGGCGGGAAGUGGAAACCGCCUGCCUGAUCGACGCGCCCGAAGUCGCCGAACGCGCCCGCCGCGAGGGCACAACCCGCAGCGUGGCCGCCGUGCGCGAACUGGCCCCGCUGAUGGACGGCGCGGUGCUGGCCAUCGGCAACGCGCCAACCGCCCUGCUGGCUCUGCUGGACCUGAUCGACGAAGGACGGGUAUCCCCAGCCGCCGUGAUCGGGAUGCCCGUGGGUUUCGUUGCCUGCCCCGAAUCCAAGGCCGAACUGGCCGCCAGAAAAGUGCCGCACAUCACCAUCCUGGGACGACGCGGGGGCAGCUCAGCCGCUGCUGCGACCGUGAACGCCCUGCUGGACCUGCUGGAGGACUGA